CUGCAUCAAAUGAAAAGAUCUGUUUGGACUAAAAAUUCAGAAUUUGGUCCUUUCUUUUUUGUAAAUCUGUAAUUUUGUUUAAACAAAUGCAAAUGAUUUAUUGUUAGGAGGUUUAUUUGCGUGAGAUGAGCUCUCCUCCAUUGAUCACGGAUGGAAAUGUCAAACUUUAAAGUACGUUUGAAAUCAAUUCCACAAGAAAAAUCAAGUCUCCUGAAACCCAGUUAAUAAUGAAGUGUUCUUUUGAAAAGUGAUCCGCAUUCAUAGAAAUGUUCUUUUUUUCUUCUAUAAAUAGUCCAUUUUCAAUAGAUAUAGGUCUACUUCGCUGUAUGUGAAUAUUUAAACAUUCAUGUUUUGAUUCGUUUUUUUAGUGUUGUCAACAUUUCUGGCUUUAUCACAGGUGGCCGUUCUGACCUUGACAACAGUGUCAUGCGUCUUUGUGUCACAUGUUAUGCAUCCCUUAGUAUGGUGUGAGAAUUUCUUAAAAUAAAACAAUUAAUGAUGUAUGGAUAUUUCUUCAAGAAAAUAUGACAAAGUGAGGCGAACAUGUAGAGUAACUGUUCUGGAUCAUUCUUUUUUUUUUUUUCUUAUGGUGGACAUAAAAAGAAGAGCAUCUGAAAUCCAAUAUAGCAGCCAUGUCUGCAGCAUCUUCGAAACCAAAGCCAAAAAUCUCUGCCUCUCGGAGACUGUUUUUGAAGACCAAACUCUUAAAGAGAGCCAUGACUAUGCUGGAGGGUGACAAACAAGAAAGAAAAGACGAGCGAGACAAAACCCUUGGAGAGAGAGUUCCUGUUCUUCAAAUGUCCGGGCUUUCUUUGCAGGAUCUACAGACUCUGUGCAAAGAGCUUCACCAAAAAAUUGAUGUGGUGGACGAGGAUCGGUAUGACAUUGCUUCUAAAGUGUCUAAAAAUAGUAAGGAGAUACAAGACCUGUCUCAGAAGAUCUUUGAGUUGAAGGGCAAGAUGAAGAGACCAAACCUGAGGAGGGUGAGGGUAUCUGCUGAUGCCAUGUUAGGAGCCUUGUUUAGUUCAAAGGUUAAAGAGUCUGUGGACUUUAAGGCCAACCUGAAGACUGUAAAGAAAGAGGAGGAGAAGAAAGAAGAAGUGACAGACUGGCGUAAAAAUGUGGACGCGAUGUCCGGCAUGGAGGGCAGAAAGAAGUUGUUUGAUGCUGGACAGUAGAUUCGAGAUGGACGUCUUUAAGAAUGUGUUGGUCGGUUUAUAACGUGUAAGAACCAGUGAAUCGUACGAUUCCUUAAAGACAAAUAAAGACACGGUAAAUAAGUAGUAAAUAUUUUAGCUGAUGUUGAAAAUAGCAGGUUUAAAAGGAUUCUUUUUAUUUUAAGAGAACGUGUAGUUUUUAUGUCAUGACAAAAUCAUGCUUUAAAAAAAAGUAACGCAGAGCCUUUGGCAGUUGCUUCUAUUUCUUCAUGUGAAUAUAUCACAAUUUAUAUUCACCUCAUUGAUGUUAAGCCCUGAACAAAGUCAUGAGAUUCUUUGUGGUCUGUUGUACAAUAAACAUGUCCUGCCAGUUGUACCGGAGGUUUGACCGUGUUUACUUUAAACAGUUGGUGAUAUUUCCCAGUCAAAUGAGGAAAUAGGGUUACAACAAUUACACUUCAAUUUGACCGUUCACUUUUUAACAGUGAUUCAACUAACAAAAUAAAUCAACCCGAGUUUAAUUAAAUAAUCUUUAUCCUUUCCAUUAAAUAUUGACCUAAAUUAAACAUCACAAACAACCAAAUUGUUGGGAAACUACAAUUUUAAUCUCAGAAGGAGGUUGGUGAAAUUGCUGGGGGGGAAAAAUUAAUAAUACGAAAAAAAUGUACUGUAUGUAUAUAAAAAUAUGCAAAAGUAAAGUAGCUAUAAAAUAUUCGUUAUCUUUGAGAUGGUGGCCACUAUUUUAAAGACUAAUCCUUCAUUUAAAUAUCAAAGUCUGAGAACAUUAAUCCCUCCCACUUUGAGGGAGGUCAUUAUCCAUAAAACAUUACAACGUAGGUUUGCUUUUAAUUCCUUUAAAGGCAAUUGGAUAGGGAGACCAAACUAGCCUAAAAAGUUUAUUGCAUAUAGAUAAAUGGACUUUUGCGCAAACAAAGAGUUCGAGGUUUAUUUUUGCAUUGACGUUAGUGUUUGUUAAAAAUGUAUUUUUGCUCUUCAAAAGUGAUUAGGGUUAUCAGUUACAACAUUGCCGUCAUGAUUUAAACACAAACAUGUGGAGCUUUAAAUAAACCACCCCUCUGACGUCUCCCUGUGAGCAGAGUUAUCCUAUAAAAACUCCUGUCUUUCUCUUACAAACAUCAUAAAUACUCCCUUAAGUGUAAACUACGAAGUUUAUGAAACAAGACAUCAG